AUGGCUGCUUUGUCUGCUGUACUCCAAUUUGACAGCGGUUCGAAGGCGCGGCACGAGGUGAUGAAGGUGGCAAAUAUCCCGUCUGGCAGGUUUACUGAAGAAGCAGGAGCCAGUAUGGACAAGAAGAGAAUAGCCUCUUCAAAAAGGAAAGCAAGCUUG